CAAUCAUCAUGAACAUCAUGAUGAACAUCUUCUAAAAGUAUCAAGAAGAUGGAAGAGCAACAUCAAACAGUCAGUCCAAGAAGCGGAAAUACGCCAGAGGAAAGAAGAGCAAUCGCAGCGGCAGCAUUGGCAAGGAUUGAAGAACAGAAAAAGAGGGAAUCUGCCAAUGCAGUUGCGAACAACUUAGAGAAGGAAAGACACAAGCAUGAACAAAAGAUACGUAGAUUGAUCAAUGAAGUUGCAGGAUCUAUAAGUUAUGAGAAAGCAAGUGCUUGUCUUCAGCUCCUUCAUACCCUUUUCAAUAAUAUCAUCGAGCACCCAAACGAGACGAAAUACAGGUCAUUCAAAUCCAAUCAACCAAAGAUAGUAAGAGACAUCUUAUCUGUCCAGAAUGCUGACUCAUUCUUGGUAGAAACUGGAUUCAGAACAAGGACGUCCAAUUUUCAACAAGAUUGGUUCAUUCCCGGUCCCGAUCAAUGGCCAGCAGAUUGUUUAGGAAUGAAAAGGGUGGCUUGGUCACGUAAUUUGAUCGGUGAUCGAAUGCGUGAAUAUGCCGAUAAUAUGGAACGACAAAAAGAGAAAGAGCAAAAUGAGAAACUGGUAGAGAAAUCAAGAAAGGCUAGAGCAUUAGCAGAAGCACAAGAAGAUCGUGAAAGGGUUGCUUUACGGGCUCAACGUGAACGCAAGGCUAGAGUCGCACAGGCUGAAGCACAGACGAAUGAAUCUGUGGAACAAGAUUCUCACUAUUCCGACGAUGAAUAAAUGAUUUCGGAUAAACAUGGUUAAAUUACACAAUUGUACAUUUAUUUAAUUAGGAAUCACAAUGUUUCAUUAAACCUUGACGUUUUACUGUUUGUUGGAAGUGUCCUUACU